CUCUCUCUCUCUCUCUCUCUCUCUCUCUCUCUCUGUCGCUCUCCCUCGUUAGGGUUUAGGCGUUCUCGCGUACAAGCUCUUCGCGACGCGUCGCACCACCCUCCUCCAACCCGGUCUCCGACGGAUCUCUCGCGAAAGCGAGAGAGGAGAAGAAUCACGCGCUGCAGAGCAGCACGUGUGCUGCACUCGCGCGGAUCGGCAAGCGCGGUGUGGUUAUAUAGUCAUCGGCUCUCUUACCAUCGUCGAGAGUCCGCCGCGCGGGAUAGCCGACGCGAAAGUUGGUUUGCCCCUCGACCGGGAUUGACCGGGGUGAACGAUCGUCAUUGACGCUUAUUAGACUCCGCUUUUACAGCGCGCGAUUAGCUGCGGGAGUGAGGGGGUGUCCUCGCGAGCGAGCGAUCGCCGGCCGAUUCCGACCACUCCGAUCGGAACGAUACGAUCGACCCGCGCGAAUCAAGUUGGAGUGUUGGAUCCCGCGCGAGUGACGGAGUCACGACUCGCGACUCACCCCCCGGGGACUGUGAUUUCGUAUAUGCGAGGUGCGACGUAAGCAGGAACCCGCUAAGGAUUCGCAGUGGUGUCUUGGCCAAACGUGAGAACGUCGGAGGGAGGACGGGCACCGUCGGCCGUCGGCAGCUCUUGUGAACGGAAGUGUUCAAAGGCCCGAAGAUUCUGCCUUCGCAGCAGCUGGGCGCUGCGGUCGCUCCAUGGCCGGGCGCAACCGGCCUCAUAGCUUCGGUCACUGCUGACGACAUGGCACACAAAGGGCACAGCGGGGUGAACCAGCUGGGAGGUGUCUUCGUCGGCGGUCGGCCGCUUCCGGACUCGACGCGGCAAAAGAUCGUCGAGCUCGCGCAUUCGGGCGCACGGCCAUGCGACAUCUCCAGAAUAUUGCAGGUCAGCAACGGCUGUGUCUCCAAGAUCCUGGGCAGUAGGUACUAUGAGACCGGAUCUAUAAGGCCCAGAGCCAUCGGCGGCAGUAAAUCGCGCGUGGCAACGGCGGAGGUAGUCAGUAAGAUCUCGCUCUACAAAAGUGAGUGCCCGUCCAUCUUCGCGUGGGAGAUCCGAGAUCGCUUGUUGCAGGAGGGCGUAUGCACGAACGACAACAUCCCAAGUGUGUCUUCGAUCAACAGGGUACUGAGGAAUCUAGCUGCGCAAAAGGAGCAGAGGCAGCAACAGCAACAGCAGCAACAAGGGGUGGGCGCUGUGGGGGUUGGCGUCGGUGCUGGCAGCCCGGCAGAGAGCGUUUACGAUAAACUCAGGCUACUAAACGGACAGACCACCGGCUGGCCACGACCCAAUCCCUGGUAUCCAUCAAGCGCAGGAAGUCCGUUUUCGUCGAUACAAUCUAGUUUGAGUCCGAGCCAUUGUUCGUCCCUCCCACCGGAUCCGGCGGACAUAUUGCACGCGAAGAAAGUAACCGAGCUCGAGGGUGGCGCGCACUCGGACGAGACAAACAGCGGGGGUGACAACAGCAAUGCCGGCAGCGUGUCGGGUGGUGCCGACGACGAUCAGGCGCGUCUCCGUCUAAAGAGGAAGCUGCAGAGGAAUCGUACGAGCUUCAGUAACGAGCAGAUCGACGCGCUCGAAAAGGAGUUCGAAAGGACGCAUUACCCGGACGUGUUCGCCAGAGAAAGACUCGCCAGCAAGAUCGGCCUACCGGAGGCGCGAAUACAGGUCUGGUUUUCGAAUCGGCGGGCCAAGUGGCGGCGUGAGGAGAAAUUGCGCACGCAACGGAGGGAUAAUCCGCCACCGCCGCAGCAGCAACAGCAACAACAACAGCAACACACUGCCAGCGUGAACUUGGUGGGUGCUGGCCACCCGACGCCGCCGCCACCCUCGGGGAUACUUGGGGGCCAGCCACCUCCGCAGGCACCACCUUCGCCCCCCAGAAUACAUCACGGUUUCGCGCCCACUGUGUACCCCGGGAUACCCAGCAUGCCCGAUUCGUAUAGCCCGAUGACGUCGAUGCCGAGCUUCACGAUGUCGGGCGCGAGCCAGCAGAAUCAGCACACUACGAGUAGCAUGUCCUCGUUGUCCACCGGGGGUGGCAUGAGCCCGAUGGGCAUGACCGUGGGCAUGACCGUGGGACCGAGCCCCGGCGCGUGCCUCCAGCAACGGGACAACGGCUACUCGUGCGGGGUCGCGAGACCGCCGAGCUACGAGCCCCUUCACCUUGGCUACGGCGCCAGGCCCACCUGCAGCCCCACGCAGCCCUACCACGCGGCGAGCCUCAAUCAGUACAAUCAGAACGCCAGCUCGACCGGUCUAAUAUCACCUGGCGUGAGUGUGCCGAUCGCGGUACCAGGUCAACCGGCACCCGACAUGGCAGCGCAAUAUUGGUCACCGAGGCUGCAGUGACCGUGGUGGUCGUCGAUGUCGACCUCGUCUCCGUAGACUUGAGCUUCUUCAUCUCCUUAGCUUACGGUCCGCCUUGCGUACGGGAAAAACGGUCGUGCGAUCUCCGCGGGGAUCCGCAGAAGAAAUCUCCGGGAAAUCCCGGCGUUAUGAUCGAUCGCGCACGCGCGCGCGACUAUUCCGUAGGAUAAAUCGAAGUGAGCUAACCGUUCCCGUGCAUUUCGUUCAAGCCAAAGUUCCGUGCGGAAACCAGUUUGAUCUGUCCGCGUCCGCUAUUUUCGCGUUAUCUUUUUCUUUUCCUUCUCUCGCCUUCUUUUCAGGCGAGCGCAUUGUUCCGGGAAAUUUUGCGGAAACAUCACCGCGCGAAUUCGCUGGCGCUUACCGAUGGAGAUCAUCCGAGACACGAAGGUAUCUCAGGUAUCUUCGACGACGGCAAGGAACUUAAUUUUUAAUUGAAAUCUAGCUCUAUCGCGAUUCCGUUUGUGUAAAUUGUUGUGUGACGAUAAAUCGACGUAGUGCUCGUGUAAUCGCAAUACAUAAUUGCGGCGUUGCGUUACAGGCGGAUUAAGCGAUUACUUCUGUAUAAUGAUGAAUCUUAUCUCACACAUUCAAUCAAAUCAAGCUCCCGUUGCAGAAAAUUGUUUAUUCACACUUGCGAUCGCGACACUUUCCCGAUCAUGUCCCUCACUGUUAUCAUAGACGAACGAUUAAUGCUGCUUCCCCGCACUUUUACUAACGGCGUU